AUGAGUGAUCACUCAAACGAAAAUGACAACUCGUCCGAGAAUGCGCCUCUCAGCCCCCAAGAAAACUCCAUUGAAAAAUCACCAAACAAUUCAACCAAAAACUCAAAACCGAUUCGUCCACCUCAAACGGAAAUCAAAGAGAACGCUAAAACUCAAAAGAAAGAGAAGAAAGAGACAAAACGCAAGAAGAUUCCCAAGUGGACAACUGAUGAGGACAAUCUUCUUCUCUCAUCAAUCAAAGAAUUCGGUCUUGACAAUUGGGCUGCCGUCGCUUCAAAUUUGCCUUUUCGCGACCAUUUUGAUUGCAAAAUGCGGUACUACAAUCAUCUCGACCCGACUAUCGAUAAUAAACCUUUCACAAUCGAGGAAGAUGUCUUGGUCUUAAAGAAGAUCGAAGUGUUGGGAAAGAAGUGGAUCGAAAUUAGCAAAUGCCUUCCUGGAAAAACACCACAUGCAGUCCAUUUGAGAUACAAAAACCACCUUAAAAACUUGAAAGGAGACGAUGACUCAAGCAGCUCAACAAGUGGGAGUGACGACGAUGACCACAAACCAGACGAGCCGAUAAAGCAAUUAGUCCCUGACGCUAUUAUACCGGAACCCGAAAAUCGUCAGUAA